AUGAUCCUCCCUCCCCAUGACGCCGAACCUUUGGCAGAGAAGCAGACACUUUCGCAGCCGGCUCCUCCGCUUUGCGAGGGCUGGCUAGAGAAGCUCGCGCUGUGCCGUGGCUUGUUCGCCAAAAAGGGGUGGCACCGCCGCUAUGUGUUUGCCACUCACGAGGGCCUCGGGCUGUGCCACACAAAUCCGCGCGACAAGGGCAACUGCGCUCGUGGACGCCCACUAAGGAUCCGGCAUGCCAAGUCCUUUAUUUCAUUCGUGAAGAAGCGGAAUGGGGAGAUGGAACUGCAGCCGGUGUACGUUGUCGACGAUGUCAGCGCCGCGCGGCACCCCGAGGCGCCGAAGAAGAGCUACAACGGCAUCUGUAGCGAGACGAUGUCCUUAAUUGAGGGGACUAGCAACAGUACGUCCACGCGCGACCUGUCGAGGUUCACUUCGGCGACCAACGGCAACAGCUGUACGUACUACUACUUUGGGCUCACGUUCGAGGAGUACAGCAGACGAUACCUGCUGCUGUUCCGUACCACAUCGCCACAGGAGUACAUCAAGUGGACCACCUGUUUGCCCCUCUACGUUCACGAAGGCAGCGCGUCGAGGAUUGUGCCGCUGGGCCAUCCGCUUGAGGCAGGUCGCCAGCAGCCCAUUGACGUCAACCACAGGCGACUGACGGAGAGGCGCGAGUGGAGGCUGCCCAACGCAACCUUCUACCUCGACCCCGACCCGUGCACCCUCGCCGAACAUCUAAAGGUCCGCCGCUUGUGUCUCAGCUGGGAUGAGGGCGAGCGCAGACGACUCUUCACCACUGCCACGGAGCGCGUGUGCUCGCUGUGCGGCAAGUCAGAGAGUGCCGCAUCGGCAUUCAUCACCGAACUGCAAGAACAGAGUGAGGAGAAGCACCGCAACGCGAUGUUCUCUCUAUUCGAGGAGCUUUCCCCGACGAUGUUUGAAUACGAGGAGCAACACUCCGCACGCUACAGAGACAGCAGUGAACCCAAACGUGUCGCUGCUGCUAUCAGUAGCGUAGGGAUGGCGGCCAAUAGCUCUGGCGCUGCACACCCACCCGCAGCACAGGUUGACUCGGCUGAGGACGCCGCCGAAGACCUAAGCAUGGGGGAGAGUACGAAUCAAUCUGCCAGUCGACGCCCGCUCUCUAGGAUUCCCGACAGUGGUGGCGGCGCUGGCAGUGGGAGCAAGGAGGCGCACAAGCACCCGAGGCUGGAGAAGGCUGGUGCCACCCCCUACUCAGAUUCGCCGAAUAAGUGA